CGUCGACAAUGACUUUUUUUGGGUUUAGGAAAGCGGACUUUAAAAAUUUGCAUACAAUCACAUGAAUGUCGGUUUAAAAGUGGAUAUACACAAACAAGACAUCUGCUUUCUCUAAUUUCCCGCCAUUAAUUGCUUUGAAACACGCGUCCUCCUUAUAAAUAUGUUAAAUAUAUCAUUUGAUUGUCUGUAUGCUUAGCAACUGUCUUGAUUUUAAGAUAAAUGACUUCAUCCACAUUAGUCAUUCGUAAACAGCGCUUCUUAAUAAAUGAAUGGAAACAUGCUUGCCCAUCGCAUGAAAAAAUCGAAGCACGCUUUUGCCCUUUUGACAAUAUCUGGUGUGGGACUUUUAUUUAUAUCGGCUGCUAUUUUAGUGGCGGGAUGUUUUCUAAUAUUUCAUGAAAAUUUUCAAGACUCUGGUGGGCUUAAAAAGAAAAUCGAGAUAGAGUUCGAUUAUAGCCAUUACUGGCUUGGAGGCAGCUAUCUCGUCACAGCAUUACUACUACUUUUGUCAGCAUGCCGUCAAAACAGAAGAAGAUUGACAUUUAUCACCGCAACUUUCUUGGCAUCAGGCAUAGCGCUAUCGUUGUUUGCUAUCGUUCUGGACGGACCUGAUUGGACAGAAUGGAAAAAUAUUGACAGAACAAUGAAAUUUUGGGAGAACAAAGAUGAUUAUACUUGCUCGUCGAAGAACAAAACCUGCAGCUGUCGACAAGAUGGAAGUGGUAUUCCACGUAAAUACAUAUUAUGAGUGUGUUGUUAGUACUUGCAUGCAGGGCAGAAGGUAGCGCGAUAAUUGGGACGGGGGGUAAAUAUGCGUAUAUUCUGUUCUGCCCGACGGAUUUCUUUUUAAAACUUAUAUAUAUAUACACACCAAAGAAAUUCUUCGGGCAAAACGAAUAUACGAAUAUGCACCCCCCACCGGUUCAAUUAUCGCAUCUAGUUUUGGUCCUGAAUACGUGGGACUUUAGUGUGAUUCUUCCAGCUUUGUAGACGUCGUAGGUGGUUGCUGAUUGAUUUCGUUCAGGUUUUCUGAAAAUGAGCUUCGAAACACUUGAAAAACGCGACACAACUGUCCAACUGAAAUAUCAGUGCCCAGUUCAUCAACAUUUUCUCGCAUAUUUCAUGGGGCUUAUCCAUGCUAUCAAUUUGCAAUAGACACUGUAGUCCCAUUUCUAUUUCCUGUUCCGUCCUAAUUAGUCUCAAAUUUUAAAAUUCAAGUUUAUUCACAUUUUGAGACCUUAUUUUUCGAAAUUUCUUUGUUUUGUAUUUUAUCCUCUUAUGGGUCCUUCCCGCCAAACCUUGAUUUUAAAAUCCCGGCUCUGUAUAAUGUUGGGUCAGUAUUUUUCAGUUGAUACACUUAUUUUUGAAGCUCACGUAAAGCCAGGCUUGGUACAUUCUCGCUUUGAUUAAGAGAAAUAAUAAUAUUAUCAUUUUUUUAUGUU